AUGGCUCAAAAUCCACAAGUCAGUAUCCCAAUGUCAGAAUCCAGUACAAAUGGCAUCCCAAGCAAGAAUUUGAUGAAAGCCACUACUGUCACCUUUCACAAUAUCUGCUAUAGAGUGAAGACCAAGAGUGGCUUUAUAGGUUGCCGAAAAACAGUUGAGAAAGACAUUUUGAGAGAUAUCAAUGGGAUAAUGAGGCCUGGACUGAAUGCAAUUCUGGGGCCAACUGGCAGUGGCAAAUCUUCACUACUGGAUAUUUUAGCUGCUAGGAAAGAUCCUUAUGGCUUGAGUGGUGAUGUUCUAAUCAAUGGAGCUCCUCGGCCUGCCAAUUUUAAAUGUAUAUCUGGAUAUGUUGUACAGGAUGAUGUGGUGAUGGGGACCUUGACCGUGAGAGAGAACUUCCAAUUCUCAGCCGCCCUCCGAUUGCCAAAGACUGUGAGCGAGCAAGAAAAGAAGGAAAGGGUUGACCAGAUACUCAAGGAGCUGGGAUUGACAAAAGUGGCCAAUUCAAAGGUUGGAACCCAGUUAAUUCGUGGUAUAUCAGGGGGAGAGAGAAAAAGGACGAAUAUUGGAAUGGAGCUUAUUACUGAUCCUGCAAUCUUGUUCUUAGAUGAGCCAACUACUGGAUUGGAUGCCAGCACAGCCAAUGCUGUACUGCUCCUCCUUAAAAGGAUGGCGAGGCAGGGAAAAACAAUAAUCUUUUCCAUCCAUCAACCUCGCUACUCAAUCUUCAGACUGUUUGAUAAAUUGACCUUACUGGCUGCAGGAAGAAUGCUGUAUCAUGGACCUGCUCAGAAUGCCCUAGAAUAUUUCAAGUCUAUUGGCUAUGAGUGCGAACCAUACAACAAUCCUGCUGACUUCUUUCUGGAUGUCAUUAAUGGAGACUCAACAGCUGUGGCUUCGAACAAAAAUGAUGAAAUUGAUAUAGAUACCAUUGAUGAAUGCACCAGUCAUGAUAAGACAUUGGCAGAGAAAUUAGCAGAGAAGUAUUCCAGUUCUGCUUCCUAUGAAGAAAUCAAAGCAGAAUUAGAAAAGCUGUCUUUGGGGAGCCAAAGGGAGACAACUUUUCAAGAAAUCACCUACUCUACUUCCUUCUUUCAGCAGCUCAAGUGGGUCUCUAAACGGAUGUUCAAAAAUCUGCUAGGCAACCCACAAGCCUCCAUAGCACAGCUAUGUGUUACCAUUUUCCUGGGAUUAGUCGUAGGUGCCACAUACUUUGGAUUGAAAGAUGAUAUUAAAGGUUUGCAGAAUAGACUUGGUGCCAUGUUCCUUAUGACCACCAACCAGUGCUUCAGCAGCAUUUCCGCGAUUGAACUUUUUGUUGUGGAGAAGAAGAUAUUUAUACAUGAAUACAUCAGUGGAUACUACAGAAUUUCUGCAUAUUUCUUCUCAAUGCUAAUGGCUGAUUUAAUACCCAUGAGGACUUUACCUUGCAUUAUUUUCACUUGCAUGGUUUAUUUCGUGAUAGGUCUGAAACGAACAGCAGAGGCCUUCUUUAUAAUGAUGCUUACUCUGAUUAUGGUAUCUUAUACAGCUACUUCUAUGGCACUAGCUAUUGCCACAGGACAGAGUGUGGUGGCUGUAGCUAAUCUACUUCUGACCAUCACCUUUAUUCUUAUGAUUAUUUUCUCUGGAUUGUUGGUAAAUCUCACCAGUAUACUGCCUUGGCUUUCUUGGCUGCAAUACUUCAGCAUACCUCGAUAUGGGAUGACAGCACUGCAGGUUAAUGAACUUACUGGUCUCAAGUUCUGCAAUGGGAAAACCCUGAAAAACAAUGAUACUGUUCACAGUAUUUUGUGCACUGGAGAACAAUAUCUGAAAAGCCAAGGGAUCGAAGCAACUGCAUGGGACCUGUGGCAGAAUCACGUUGUACUUGCUUGCAUGAUGAUAAUUUUCCUUACAAUUUCAUAUAUGAAGUUGCGGUUCAUGAAAAAAUUCUCUUAAAGACAAGUCUGUGAUCCAGACUGCCCUGGAGACAUCCUAAGUAGCAGAGCUGUAGGCAUGACUAUUCUCUUCUAUUAAGUCUUCUUUUUUUCUUGAACACGUAAUGGAGAAAAACAGUAUUGCAAAAUAUCUGCAAUA